CACACACACACACACACACACACACACUCUGCCAAGGUAAGUUGAAACGUUUCUGUAUUUGAAGGCUGACCUUGUCUGGGAAAGCAUUGUUUGUGAGUAUGAUUGGCACAGAUUCACUUGGAUUUUUAAAGUUUCUUUGAACUUCGGAGGAAAUUUUAUUUUAUUUUUUUUUGUUUGUUUGUUUUUCAUUCCUAGAUGCCCCGUGCCAAGUCCCACCGGCGGGCCCAGGCCCAGAAGCGGAGGAUGGCGCAGCCGCAGCCAUGGACCCCCCAGCCGCCUGUCCCCGAGUUCGUUGCUCGGCGCGGUACAGGGUACCGCCAUCGCGUGCGGAGAUGGCCGACUUCGGAGCUGACCCAGCGCAGCUUCAAGUUGGUCACUCCUGCCCAGAAGCCGGACCAGAAGAUGGUGUUCGUCGUGGGAGACUCCCACCUGCGGGCCAUGGUGGAUGGGAUCGUCGCGAUGCCGGAGGUACCUCUGUGUUUUUCUUUUCUCUCUGUUCCAGGUGCCCUGGCCUGCAGGAGCUGUUCCGCCAGGAGUACCGCCGUGUCGCAGCACGCAUGGGUGCACCUCAGCGACAGCGAGGGAACGCCGAUCCUCGUCCAGGCCCUGUGGGACGCCGCGGUCCGCCAGCUGACUCCUCCUCCUCCUCCUCCUCCUCCUUCGGUGCCCCCCCGGACAUCGCCUCGUGCCAGGGUCUCCCCCGUGCUGGUCGUGACGGGACACAGCCCCGCGGCUCGUCACCGCAACCCACUGGAGUGGACCGUUGUCGGACAGGAGGGCAAGAUUCGAGCAUCUCCGGUGCAAGAGUCUGUCCUCCCGUCCAACCCCGUGUGGUUCAGCGGCGACAUCCUGGAGGCCAUGGAGAGGGUUUCGCCAUCCUCGGACAGCGACGUCACUGCCCUUCUGCCAGCUGGCCAGACUUCCCGUGUGAGGCGUUCGCCGAAAGGUGUUGCCACAAGGCGUAGAGGAGGAAAGCGGCAGGUGCUGGCAACACCUUCACCUGCCCGUGUCACCGUGCCUGCCUCCGGGCCCAGACCAGCGGUGCAGCAGGUGGAGGCGACAGUCCAGGAGUCGGCCAGCGUGGUGCCAGGGGUGGUCUUCGGACGGGAGGAGGUCGCCGCAGCGUGCCCUGCCGUCCCAGAGGAGCAACGGAAGAUCAUCAAAGCUAAGGCUGUUUUUGUUCCUUCUGUUUGUGUUAGUGAUGUUCAGUCAGAGUCUAGCGCUAAUGCUGUGGCAACAGGGUCUAACAUAGAUAGCAGCAGGAUUAGGCUAGCUAAAGUUGUGCGCGGGUCGUUUCAUCAGGGAAAUGCCCGAUUUGUGUAUGGAGGAGUCCAGUGUAUGGCUAUAGCUUUGGUCAGCUUAGCCAAACACACAGUGAGGAGCGCGUUCUCGUGGGACAGGCUGGAUCUGGAUCGCGCGUUGGUUGAAGGUGAUGAGUUGUACACGAGUUUGCGUGACCUCAACAUCUUCAGCCAUGUGUCUAAUCUGCUGUCUGUGCCAGAUUUGCCACAGCAGUUGGAAUUAGACGGACGGCUGUUUAGGUUUGGUUUUGGUGACACGGUGUUAGGCGAAGUAGGCGUGACCGAAGGUGAAUACAUCGAUUUCGGUGUAUUCAUCAGCUUGCGUAAUGGACUGGAGAGAAUCUUCAGUCAAUACACCACAUGUCUUUUGACUAUGUGCGGAAACACCACUGCCAUCGUGCGUGAGGGUGGACGGUUCGCUGUGGUCGACAGUCACUCACGCAGUAACACUGGCUUGUUACACCAUGACGGUACAAGCGUGGUUCUGCAUUUCGCGUGUCUCGACGACCUGCACCACUACAUCUGUCGUUUGGCCGACAGUCUCCGUUCGAGGGAGAAGCUCUUUGAGCUGUGUGGUGUGACUGUCAGCACGGAUGCAAGUCCAGCGCAGUCUGGUGUGUCUGUGGAGAGUCUCAUCACUGAGAUGAGCGCUGCUCCGGCACCAGACGAGGUGAGCAGCGGUUCAGCGGCAGAACCAAUGGUGAUCGAUGGCAGAAAGCGUGUUAUUUCUUCCGGCACUUGUAUGUCGAAGAAAUCCAAGAGUUUCGAUGUCCGAGAGGUCAAUUUGGACGUCGAAUUUGUUAACGAGGUUGUUAGUCCGGUAGCCACAGAGGAGGGGUUGUUAGGUGUUCCUUGUAGCAAAGAGAGGAUUGUGGCCGAUGGGAACUGCUUCUUCAGAGCCAUCUCUCAGUCGAUGCCCCGUGCCAAGUCCCACCGGCGGGCCCAGGCCCUGAAGCGGAGGAUGGCGCAGCCGCAGCCAUGGACCCCCCAGCCGCCUGUCCCCGAGUUCGUUGCUCGGCGCGGUACAGGGUACCGCCAUCGCGUGCGGAGAUGGCCGACUUCGGAGCGGACCCAGCGCAGCUUCAAGUUGGUCACUCCUGCCCAGAAGCCGGACCAGAAGGUAUUAGUUUUUCUUUUUCAGAAACACAGUGCUGGUCGUAAGAAGUCGGUGUCUAUGUUCUAA